AUGCAGAAGGGUCUCUACUUAGUGUUGGUGAUGAUUCUGAUCCACAGCUAUGACGUUGUGAACGCCAACUUUGAGGGUUUCAUAGGCAAUAACAUGGAGCCAGAGUUCUCAUUUGAUUCCCAUGUGACCAGAAUGCUGUACGAUGUGAGCCUCUCUGUGUGUGGCAAAACAGGCAACAGCAACAACAAAGCUAUACUUUGUCCAGAAUUACUGAGUUAUCGUAGCUGCUUGCCUGAUCCAAAUGGAGGUGGCCCUAGACAACGUUGUGCUGAUUACACCAGGGGUUGCUAA